AUGGCUCCUAAGUCGCGAUUCACAAGGCUCGAUGCCUUUACAAAGACGGUGGACGAGGCGCGCAUCCGGACGACAAGCGGAGGAAUCGUCACAAUUGUGUCGCUGCUGGUCGUCUUCUUUCUCUCGUGGGGAGAAUGGACCGAUUAUCGGCGCAUCGUGGUGCACCCGGAGCUUGUCGUGGAUAAGGGCAGAGGCGAACGAAUGGAUAUCCAUCUCAACAUGACCUUCCCCAAUAUGCCAUGCGAACUGCUGACGCUGGACGUCAUGGAUGUUUCUGGCGAGCAGCAGCACGGCGUCGCCCACGGAAUCUCCAAGAUUCGUCUGCGGCCCGCGGCGCAGGGCGGCGGCGAGAUUGAGAGCAACACGCUUACCCAGCUGCAUGAAAAGGCCGAGCACUUGGCUCCUGACUACUGCGGUGGAUGCUACGGAGCAACUGCUCCCGCUAACGCCGAAAAGCCUGGCUGCUGUAACACCUGUGACGAAGUUCGAGAAGCUUAUGCGCAGAUGUCAUGGGCCUUUGGAAGGGGAGAGGGCGUGGAGCAGUGUGAGAGAGAGCACUACGCUGAGCGGCUGGACCAGCAAAGAGAAGAGGGCUGCCGAAUUGAGGGUUUGCUGCAGGUCAACAAGGUUGUUGGAAACUUCCACCUUGCUCCUGGCCGAAGCUUUAGCAAUGGCAACAUGCAUGUCCAUGAUCUUAAAACCUACUGGGACUUCCCCGAGGGCAAGCCGCACGACUUCACCCACAUCAUCCACUCUCUCCGAUUUGGACCCCAGCUUCCCGACACUGUCAUUGAACGGAUGGGUGGUAAGAAUACUUGGACCAACCAUCACCUCAACCCUCUAGAUGCAACCCAUCAGGAGACAAAGGAUCCCAACUUUAACUACAUGUACUUUGUCAAGAUUGUUCCCACGUCCUAUCUUCCCCUGGGCUGGGAAAAGCGGACGCCUGGCUACGACGGCAGCAUCGAGACACACCAGUAUUCUGUCACUAGCCACAAGCGAAGUCUUAUGGGCGGCGACGACUCGCAGGAAGGCCACCCGGAAAGACUACACGCAAGGAAUGGUAUUCCUGGUGUCUUUUUCUCAUACGAUAUUUCUCCCAUGAAGGUUAUCAACCGUGAGGAGCGGGCUAAGACAUUCCUUGGCUUUCUGUCUGGUCUCUGCGCGAUUGUCGGUGGCACCUUGACCGUUGCCGCCGCUGUUGAUCGCGGAUUGUUCGAAGGAGCUUCCAGGCUCAAGAAGCUCCGAUCUAAGGAUAUGUAAAAGUAAGUAGGAGUAUGGUCAAAUAAAAAAACGUCCCUCUGUAGAAUGCUUUGCAUGGACUCUUGAGGCGUAUGGACCAGGGCGUUUUGGCUGGCAUAUAUAUGUAUUUUUCCCCCGUCUCUUUUUUUCUGAAAAGGAC